AUGCCUUCUCAAACUCAAGCAAACCCUGUAGAUAUCGCUAGCCUUAUUAACCCAAUAACUAGAAAUUGGAAAUCAGAAUUGAUCAUGGAGAUGUUUGACAGAGAAGAUGCGACCAAAAUUCUGGCACUUCCGCUUCCAUAUUGGCCCCAUGAAGAUAAAUUGAUAUGGCAAUAUAGUCCAGAUGGCAACUACACGGUUAAAUCAGGUUAUUUCAUAGCUCUGAAUAAUGGCUUCAGAGGUUACCAGUCUCUCAUUCCUCACCUAGCUAAAUCAGACUGGAAAAUGCUGUGGAAACUGCCUGUCCCAAACAAAAUUAAAGUUUUUGUUUGGCGAUGUAUACAUGACGGUUUACCUUCGGGUGCAGCUCUCCAACAAAGACUUCGCACGCCCUCAGAGUGCAAAUUUUGUGGAGCUCAUGAAACUCUUAUGCAUCUGCUUUAUUUAUGCCCGGCGGCCCGACAGGUUUGGUUCCAAAGUCCACUCAACUUCCGAUCAUCAUGGGGCCCAACGACAGAUUUUGCAACCCACUGGAAAUCUACAAUCACAAAGCUGCAGGAAAUAGAUGAUAACAUGGAGGCCGUCCCUUUGUACUGCUUCACCCUUUGGCAUAUUUGGAAACAAAGAAACAGUAAGAUUUUCAAUGAUGUGCAGUUAACAGCAACAGAGACCAUUCGACUAAUCCUAGCGGACGCAGAAGAAUUCAAGCAGUCCCAGGAACUAACAGAGAGGGAUAGAAGACAUGUUUCCCAAGAGCAGCAAGGUCAAAUGACAGUUAGGGCUACACCUCCGGGCUUUAUGAAAAUCAACUAUGAUGCUGCUGUAGAUGUCCAGAGAAAGAAGGGUUUUCCUGGUAUUAUUGCCAAAGAUGCGAGCGAUAUGCAGAAAGGUAAAUUCUCGGCUACAUUCCAAUUUAUAUGGGAUCCAGGCAUAUUGGAGAUGCUAGCUUUGAGGGAAGCAAUGAAUUGGUCCAUUUCUCGUGGAUGGAAUAAAGCCAUAUUUGAAGGUGAUGCCCUCCAAGUAUCCAACAUUGUCAACUCAGGACAAUGUACAAUCUCUGCAUUAAGGGGUAUUUGCGAAGAUAUUUGGCGUCUGAAAACAUCCUUCACAGAGGUCUUUUUCCAGUACGUGCCACGAAUCCAGAAUUCCGAAGCUCACAAAUGGGCCCAACAAAUAAAACAUUGUAUCCUUACUUAA